AUGCUGGCCGACAAUGAAACACACUACUCUAGUGGAUCGAAUGGCACAUACAAUUUCUUCUUCGAAGAUCCAAGGUUUAUCUCCAUCCUUAAACAUAGAGGUACGAAUCAUACUACAAAUAUAGGCGACGCCAUCAAAGUUUUAGAAGACUGGCGAAGUAAAUAUAAUAUAACAGUCGUCAAAGAAUGUGAAAGAUCGGAAUAUUGUAUUGGAGAAUUUCGUGAUUUGAUUCUUGCGUAUAAUAGUAUACAUGGAUACGUCAGUCUAUUGGUUUGCCUAUUCGGUAGUUUAGCCAACGCCCUGAAUGUAGCCGUCCUAACUCGUCGUGAUCUCUCGGUCACUCCUAUCAACCGUCUGCUUAAGUGGUUAGCAGUAGCAGAUGUGUUCGUCAUGUUAGAAUAUGUCCCCUUCGCGAUCUACAGUUAUUUGCUAUUUCCGGGGCAAGGAGAGCGUCCGCACUCGUGGGCAGUCUACAUGCUGUUCCACAUGCAUUUUACGCAGAUACUCCACACCGCUUCAAUACUGCUCACACUGUCGCUCGCUGUCUGGCGCUACAUAGCUAUCAAGUACCCUACUUAUAGCCCAGCCCUUUGCACAGAUAGAAGAUGUACCAUAGCCAUAUUGCUCAGCUUUAUCCUGCCACCUAUACUAUGUAUACCAUCGUACUUUGUUUUCACUAUACACAAAGACUUCAGCUACGAUAAGGACGAAAAUGUUCUCUCAAAAGUAUAUUUCGUGGAUUCCAAUUAUAAUGGGAGUUUAUACCAACUAAACUUUUGGGUGCAUGCAGUGUUGAUUAAACUGUUGCCCUGUGUCAUAUUGACAGUGAUCAGCGCUUGGUUGAUCAGAGCACUGUACAGGGCGAAUAAUAGAAAGAAGGCACUAAAGGGUUACAGUUCAUGUCUGCCAUCGACAGUAGUCAACGGUAAAGGCAACGUGUUCACGCGAAAACCAACCAAACGGUCCAAAGCGGAGCGCCGAACAGACAGAACAACUAAAAUGUUGGUCGCUGUGCUCCUGCUAUUUCUGUUGACAGAGUUCCCUCAAGGCAUACUAGGGCUCCUGAGUGGCGUUCUGGGAAAAUGCUUCUUCAAACAAUGUUACAAUUUAUUUGGUGAACUGAUGGAUGCCUUGGCGCUUCUUAAUGGUGCCAUCAACUUUGUUUUAUAUUGCUCCAUGUCACGUCAAUUCCGGACAACCUUCGGUCAGAUGAUCAGAAACCGUUGUGCGCCCACACAGCGCGCUAGCUCGCAUACCGAACUGCAGACAACGUAUGUAUAA